AUGUUGGCGAAUUGCUCACCGAGUCCUUACGACGAGUAUCUUGGGCGUCUCGAGCCCGGUCAAAUCAACAGAUGGGAAAUUUUCAUCGGGGGACUUAUCACGAUCAUAGGUCGAGCCGUCGGCCUAGACUUUCCGGAUCCCGAGUACAUACCUGUCGACACCCCACCGAACUUCCUGCUAGAUUGUGACACUCUCAUCCGGAUGGAGAUGUUGCUCGAUCGGGGAACCCGCACGUACAGCGACCCCGACACUUGGCUUCCUCCAGAUCAAUUGACCCAAGCAGGUUAUUUCCCAGAAUUCGGUGAUGAUGAGGGUGACGACGCAGAGGAACAAGAGGAAGAAGAUGACGAAGAGGACGACGAGAUGCCCGAAGCUGAAGACCAUUUUGACCAACCCUCGAUGCAACAGCCGAUGUUUUCAGCACGAUCAGUUCCAGGCCCCUCCACAUCAUUUUGA